AUGAGGAUUGGGUGUAGAGCCAACACCCGUGUGUCCUGCAGAAAUGAACAGGGAGAUCCUGUGGACUGGUAUAUUUUAUAUAAGCUCCCCUCUUUUGGAGGUGACAAUGGGCUGGAGUACCUGUACAUGGAUGGGAGUACUAAUGGCUGGGUAUAUGGGAAAAAACCCAUUGAUGAUCAAGAAAGUGCUGUGGCCCAAACUUUAUAUCCGGUCUUCAUUCACAAAAGAAGAAAGACAGAGAGCUUUGGAUAUAUACUCUACAAUGAUCAACCUCCAAAGCCAUUUCCAACUGCUUCCUCAAAUUAUGGACACAGUAAAGGUAUUUUGAUGAUGGAUAGAGAAACUGGGGUGUGGAUAUCUCACAGCACACCCCACUUCCCAGGAACCACAAAAACAUCCUUUUGGCCUGCAAGUGGAUUUCACAAUGGACAGACAUUCUUCUGCGGGACAUACAAGUACAGUGAAUUCAGGAACAUUGCUGUUCAACUCCAAUACAUUCAUGUUUUCCCAUUUGACUUUCACAUCCCUAAAACAUUCUACUUUGAGCUUCAGUGUGUUGCUCAUAGAACCUGCUAUCCCAGAAAGGAACCUUGGUUUAGGCAACUGAACAUGACAUCCUUGGCAGGAAACAAAUUUGUCAGCUUUGCAAAGUAUUCAAGAUUUGGAAAUGACCUUUAUUCUGGUUUGUUGGAAAAGUAUUUGGGUGAUGCCAUCUAUGUCAAAAGCUGGGGCAGGAUGCAUCGUCCUUUACCUAGUAACUGCACUAUUGAGCACGAUGUGUUCAAUGUGCAAAUGGUGCAGCUGCCUUCAUCACAGUUCUUCAGCAUCAAUGUGGAUCACUCCAAGUGGUGCGUGACCGUGAGAAAAGCCCCAAGACCCUGGACCUGCAUUGCCGACAUGAAUCGAGAGGUCAGCCAGGAGAGCAGGGGUGGUGGAGCUGUGUGCACAGACCAACCUGAUGUGUGGAAGGCCUUCGUCAAUGCUGUCGACAUGUAUGAGCCUUGCCCUUAG